AUGUGUAUGAUUACAAGUUUAAUGUUACUUGUACCAGCAAUAAUAAGUGCCUCAACUUCAGUUGUUAAUGCAGAUGCAUCUUGGGAAAGUAUUGACUACACAUUAAUUGGAUUAUCAUUUAUUUAUAUGAUUGGUAUGAAAUAUUCAGAAUUUAAACUUUCAUUAGAAGUUGAUCUUCGUUAUUAUGCUGUUAUGGAACAUACUAAAUUUUUCUUUGCUUCAAUAGGUCAAUGGUACAUUCAAAAUAUGGCUCAUGCAACUGUAUAUGCUUUUGUUGGAAAAUUUUUAUAUGUUAUAUCAUUAAUUAGAUUUUGGAUUUUUCAAAAUAGAACAAAAAAAAUUGAAAUAACUUCAACUAAACAUAUUGAUGUCAAACAAGAAAAGUAUUUUUAA